GGUGAGACGCGGAGGGGCGGGGCGCUCUAGGCGGCCGUGCCGCUCUCUAUGGUGAAUGGGAGGAGCGGCGGGGCGCGGCGGGCAGCCCCGGCCCGGCGGCCCUUCCUACCGGCACCAUGUCGCCUCCGAAAGAAAAUGUCAGCCUGCUGUUCAAGCUGUACUGCCUCACGGUGAUGACCCUGGUCACUGCCACGUACACUGUGGCGCUGCGCUACACGAGGACAGCAGAGACAGAGCUCUACUUUUCAACGACAGCUGUGUGCAUCACCGAAGUCAUCAAGCUGUUUCUGAGUGUGGGCAUCUUGGCUAGGGCAGCAGGGAGCUGCACGCCGUGCCUGACCGGGUUGUGUGUGUGGGUGGGUGCAGCUCUGGCUGCUCCUUCAGCACAAGUGAAGAGAGGAGCCCGAGGCUGGCUGAAGAGUGGGAGAGAAUCGGGAAGUCUGGCAAGGUUAAUAACAUCUUUAAAAGAAAAUGUCUUUGGAAGUCCCAAGGAAUUGCUAAAAUUAAGUGUUCCAUCUUUGGUGUAUGCUGUCCAAAACAAUAUGGCGUUUGUGGCUCUUAGCAACUUGGAUGCAGCGGUCUACCAGGUGACGUACCAGUUAAAGAUCCCCUGCACGGCGUUAUGUACAGUCCUAAUGCUAAACCGUACCCUGAGCAAACUGCAGUGGUUCUCUGUCUUCAUGCUGUGUGGCGGCGUUAUACUUGUUCAGUGGAAGCCUGCUCAGGCUACCAAAGUGCAGGUGGAGCAGAACCCAUGGCUAGGGUUUGGAGCCAUAACUAUUGCUGUAAUAUGUUCGGGAUUUGCAGGAGUUUAUUUUGAGAAGGUAUUAAAGAGUUCAGAUACUUCCUUGUGGGUGAGGAAUAUUCAGAUGUACCUAUCGGGGAUCGUGGUGACUUUGGUUGGUGUGUACAUGUCAGAUGGAGCCCAAGUUCUGGAGAAAGGGUUUUUCUAUGGCUACACCUGCUUUGUCUGGCUUGUCAUCUUUCUCGCCAGUGUGGGUGGCCUCUACACUUCGGUUGUUGUGAAGUACACAGAUAACAUAAUGAAAGGCUUUUCUGCAGCAGCAGCCAUUGUUCUUUCUACUGUGGCCUCAGUCAUCCUCUUCGGUCUCCAGAUAACUGUUACCUUUUCCCUGGGUGCUCUCCUGGUGUGUAUUUCUAUUUACCUCUAUGGAUUACCUCGACAGGACACCACAAAAAUCCCGCCGUCAGAGACUAAAAGUUCAAAAGAGAGACUUGUUGCUGUGUAACGGCCUUGGAAACGGACAGACAGACGAGGAAAAAAAGGACUUUAAAAAGAAAAAAACUGAAUUUUUUUAAAUUAGCCUUAAACUAGUUUUGAAAUGGUUUAAGGGGGAUAGAUUAAAAGCAGAAGUUCUUUCUUUUUUACAUGUGAAGUUACCAGUGGUUGGUGCUGAGGCUUCGUUACUGCUGAGAGCUGGAUGGGUGUCAGACAAUGAAGAGUUCCAUUUACAAGGAAAGCAGAAUGAAGGAACUGAACACUCAAUUGUAUAUAAUGUAUAUAAUGGAGCAAAAUUGGUUCUUACGGUGCAUUUGAUAAACUGUCUUUACCCUGUGAGGGAAAAAAUGCCCUAAAGCUUCAAAAAAAAAAAUCUAUUAAAAAGAGCAAUUACUGCCAGCAUUUUUUCUUAAACCGUUUGGCAAUUGCAGUGUGAUUGGUCACAGGAGAGGUUUCUCUUCGAGGUAAUACAUAUCAUAUGAACAAAGUA